AGCCCCAGGGAGAAUGCUGCCUAUAUUCCUUAUCCUCCUCUGCUUGGUUAGGCUGGGAUCUUCAGGGGUUCCAUCCUUUAAUCCACAAACAUCGUACCAGUAUGAAUACAUACUGGAUUUACAAGUUGCAAAUGCUGCCCGAUCAUCAAUACCACAAACCUGGCUACAGGUUCAUGCCAAUGUGGAGACGCAUCUUCUAUGGAGGAACCAGGCCCAACCAGAGGAGCAACUAGUACAUGUUCAGAUCAACAAUUUUACUUUAAUAAAUAAGUUAAGAGAGAUUCCUGACAAAAAAGAGGACAACACUGCUCAACACAAAAACGAAGCCGGGAAGAGCAACAGCUUGAUGUUACCCAUCCUGUUCCACUGGCAAUCUGGGAAGGUGAUUAGCUUGUACAGUACAGAGGAAAACAACAAGCAAGUGUUGGAUUUAAAAAGGGGACUUGUCAGUCUGUUCCAGUUUCAGCCUCAACCAGGGAUUUAUUCAGAGGAAGAUGUUUCAGGAAGAUGUCAAGUUACUUAUAAUGUUUCUGAGGAAUUCAUCUACAAGACGAAAGAUCUAAGCAGCUGUAUAAAAUCUCCGUUUGGCCAUAAGGCAGAUCAUAAAGUUUUUCAGGUAUCUCAGAACUCCUUCAGCAGAGCAUAUUUGUUACUUAAUGGCACAACAUUCCAGAAAGCUGUUUCACAGGAAAGAUAUAAUUUGUCUGCCAACUUGGGAUCGCUCCUUGGAACUCAUAUCACUUCUAGACAACAGUUAGAGCUGAUGUCCUCCAAGCCUGGCCCUCCAGAGAUUGUUGGAGAGAGCAUUGAGGUUGUACUGGGAAAGCUGCCUGAAAAAUACCACAAGGUUCCAUUCCAGAGCCAUCCUCCAAGACUGUCAGAAGAUACCUCUUUGCUCAAGAAGUACUUAGAAACAUCCAAAAGAAAAAAAGCCAAACUCACCGCCUCUAAGAUAUCAACAGUCAACCACUUCUAUGCAGUUGUGAAGACAUUUCAGCAUGCCAAGAAGAGGGAUAUUCAACAGAUCUUGCAGUCAGCUUCACCUGAUUUACUCCCAUUUUUCAUUGAUGCUGCAGUUGCAGCCCAGUCACAUGCUACACUAUCAUCGCUCUCAACGUUCCUGGAUUUUACCAAAAAGAAACAAAUCAAGUUACAGGAGAAAUUUCUGUAUUCAGCAGCCUUUGCACCUCACCCAUCUACGGAACUCCUCAAUCUUGUGCUGGAAAAACUCAAAGGGAAAGUAUCAGACCCAGCCAUUAUGGAAACAGGAAUUAUUAUAACAGGAGCAAUUAUUGGCAAACUCUGCAGAGCAGACCUUUGUGAACAUAAGGAUGUUGAACUGGCAAAGGUCAUACUUCUGGAAGGGCUGAAUAAUGCAGAGGACGAGACUGAGAUGAAAACAUACCUUCUAGCUUUGAAGAAUGCUCAGCUACCUGAAACCAUCCCUACUCUACUUCAAUAUGCAGAGGAGCACACAGGAGUGGUGUGCAGCACAGCCUUGUCUGCUCUACAGGCCUUUCCACCACACUUUUUAUCUUUUCAGAGGGUGAAGGACACCAUGAAGAGUAUCUUCCAUCAAGCACACCAACAGUACGAUAAAAAGAGCCGGCUUAUGGCAGCAGAGACUCUUUUGUUAGCCGAUUGCUCUUUGGAGGACCUUAAAAGCAUUUCAGCGGGUUUAGUGCUGUUGGACAUGGAAUCUUCCAAGUUACUGAUAUCCAAGCUGCACAACAGGCUGACCCUCCACCACCCAUUAAACAAGACCCUUAGUAAGGGUGUAUUUUACCGUAAUUAUUGGGAUUUGUCGAAAGCUGGAAGAUCAACUGUGUUUUCUGGAUUAUUGACUGCUACAGAUGAGAUGGCAUCCACAUAUGGUCUGGACCUUCUGUUCACCGAGUCUGGGCUACUGAAAAGAAGUGUAUCUGAAAUCACAUUAUUUGACCGCAACCAUCAUCUCAAGACACUGCAGGUCACAAUUGAAGCCCAAGGAUUGGAAUCUCUAAUGGGCAAUGAUGAAUUAGAUGAAGAAGGCGAGGAUGCGUCGGUUGGAAUGUCAGCGGUCUUGUUUGGUGUUCAGCUCCGACCAGUGGUAUUUUUCCAAGGAUACAUGAAUUUAAUGUCUAAAGUGCUUUCAAGCAGCGGAGAACCUACCAGUGUGGUGAAAGGGAAUGUUCUGCUGGUUGAUUAUCUGCAGUGGUUGCCAAUGCAGUCUGGGCUACAGGUCAUUGUCCAGUAUCAGGUUGGACUUGGUUUAGAUAUCUCGGCCAACAUAGAUGUCAGCAUCUGGGACCAGCAGUCAAAGACAAACCUCAACACCAAAGCUGGUCUUGUGUUAGAGUUGAAGACAGAAAUUGAUGCCGCCAUCUUCCGUGUUGAUAUGAAGGCUCAGGUUGAUGCAGAGAGCACUGUCAACUUUGACACCAUGAUGACAUUUACUAACUCUCCAGUGUCAAUGUGUAUUGAGCUGCAUCAGGAUGAUCUCCCUUACAGAGAGACAUACAUUAUAACAGAAUCCUUUCCAGAGGCGAACACGACCCAUACAGUGCGCAAAGGAAGAAAAUCCACAGUGUGGGGGCGAGAUUUUCCCUUUCACCAUGCUAACUCAGAGAUGUGUAGGCAACUGAAGGCAGAAGAGGAGGUUGUUCCAGAUUUGUGACAGCAUGACAUUGACAGACGUACAUCUCCCACAGCCAUCUACUGUGCCCAGCUAAUUACCAGACAUGACGGCUAGACUUGUUACAUAGCUGCAGGAUGACUUUGUAAUUUCAAGAACUCAAUAAAAAUCAAUUGUGAAG